AUGGCACUGACCCGUUCGAAGGAACCACUGGUCUGGAUAGACUGUGAGAUGACAGGCCUGGAUCCCGAAAGCGACCAUAUAAUUCAAAUCAGCUGCUUUAUCACGGACUAUAAUCUUGAACUUCUUGAGCCAAACGGCUUCCACGUCACCAUCCACCAGCCCCAGCAUGUUCUAUCAGCCAUGAACCCUUGGUGUAUUUCUACCCAUGCCCGCUCCGGUCUGACCGCUGCUGUUCUUGCUUCAACCACCACCCCAAUCGAUGCCACCGACGCCUUACUUACAUAUAUACGCACGUAUGUGCCCGAAAGUGGUAAAGCUUUGCUUGCCGGAAAUACAGUACAUAUGGACCGGGCGUUCUUAGCGCGCCAGCCCUAUAAAAGGGUGAUUGAAUGGUUGCACUAUCGAAUUUUGGAUGUGAGUAGCGUGAAAGAAUCAAUAAGGAGGUGGGCAGCGGACGAGGUCCUACAAGACAUUCCAGAAAAAAAGGGGUUGCAUUUGGCGAAAGAAGAUAUUCUAGAGAGUAUUCAAGAAAUGAAAUUCUAUAGAGAUAGGGUAUUUUAUGCACAUUAA